AUGAUUAGUGGUUUUAUGUCAUUCUAUGCACCUCUUCUUAAUGAUAUCACGUCCAAUGUUGCAUGUGUUCCUACAGAUUCAUUAUCUAAUAGUGUAUUAUGCAUUGUUAUUCAUGAUGGAACUUGUAUGAUUAUCGACAUGCCUGUUCGGAAACAAGACGCUUAUCGAGCACUCGAAUUGCUCGAAGAAUAUUACAAUCGUCUUGAUUCACCAGAAGAUAAACCAUUAAAAAAUGCCAUAGAUAGAGUUAUCAAAGUUUUUAAAAGCCGACUUUUUCAAGCAUUACUUGAUAUUCAAGAAUUUUAUGAAUCAAUAUUACUUGAUGAACAACGUGAUCCUGUAGCUAAAACGGAUGCAACACUUCAUUUAGCUGAAGAAUGGGAAAAACAACCGAUGCUUAAACGAAAUAUACGAAAUGGUACACCAACAAUUGAAUCACCAAUGAUAGCACCAAUGGCAACAAAUAAUACAUUGUCUCGACCAACGAAUAUUAAAGAAAAUAGUAAACGACAAACAACACCAACACCAUUCUCUCAAAUGACUGAUGUAACAGAUGGAAUUCAAACUAAUCGUUUGAUUACAACAGGAUUAAAUUCACCUACUGAUAUAACACAAUUUAAUUAUGAUGAUCAUUGGCAAGAAAUUGAAAUUGAUCUUGAACGACCACCCAAUGUUGGUCUUGGAUUUUCAAUUGCUGGUGGAACUGAUACACCUUGUAUUAGUGAUUCUCCAGCUGUUGUUGUAACACGUAUUACUGAAGGUGGUCUUGCUGAUCGUGAUCAACGAUUAAAACUUCAUGACAUUAUUUUACGCGUUAAUAGUAUGGAUUUUACUCGUAUAGAACAUCAAGCAGCUGUUGAUGGACUUAAAGCGGCUGGUAAUCAUGUUAAUUUAUUAAUUCGUCGAUUAGCGCCACCUAUUAUGGAAGAAAUACAAUUAAAUAAGCCACCGAAUGCAAAUUUAGGUUUUUCGAUUGCUGGUGGUAUUAGUCAUGAACAUGUUAAAGGAGAUUAUGGAAUAUUCAUAACAAAUAUAAUUCCUGGUGGAAUUGCUGAUAAAAAUGGACGUUUAAAAGUUGGUGAUCGUCUUAUGCAUGUACAAUCAUUAAAAAAUGCUUAUGAUUUACAAUUUGUUGAACAUAAACAUGCUGUAGAAUCAAUUCGACGUGCAUGUGAUGAAAGUCAAACAAUAACUUUAUUAGUUGGUCAUCCAACAGAUUAUCCAGGUUUAGCCGAUACAACAAUACAACAUAUAAAUGGACAUCGUUCACCAAUACAAAAUGAAGAACAUGGAGAUUUUCCAUUGGAACGUCGAGUUUUACUUCGUCGUGGUCAGAAUGGUUUUGGUUUUAAUAUUGUUGGUGGCGAUGGAGAAGAAGGCAUUUAUAUCUCAUUUAUACAAGCUGGUGGUAUUGCUGAUAAAUCGGGUGAAUUACAUAAAGGAGAUCGUAUAUUAUCAGUAAAUAAUACUGAUUUUCGUGGAGUAACUCAUGAAGAAGCAGCAACGGUGCUGAAAAAUUGUGGUGAUACAGCUGAUUUACAUGUUAUAUAUAAAUAUGAUGAUUUUAUUCGCUUUGAAAAUCGUAUUGAUGAACGUCGAAGUAAAAUGACAGGUGAAAUAGCUGGUAGUACAGGUAGUUUAAAAACAUCAACAAAACGACAAUUUUUUGUUCGUGCCGAAUUUGAUUAUGAUCCUUCGAAAGAUCCAAGUAUACCAGGUGAUCGUGGUUUAUCAUUUCGUGCAGGUGAUAUUCUUUAUGUAACAAAUGCAGCUGAUGAUUCAUGGUGGCAAGCUAAACGUAUAACUGAUGGACAAGAAGAAGAAGAAUUAGGAAUAAUUCCAUCAAAAUCAAGAGUCGAAAAAAAAGAACGUGCUAGACAAAAACGUGUAAAUUUUAAUCAAGGAAGUAAUAGUCGAAGUAAUACACUUGAUCGAGAUAAAAAGAAAAAGAAAAAAUUUGGUUUAUUUGGAAAAAGUGGAGAUAGAAAAGAUACACAAUCGGGUGAUGAUUCAGAUAAUGAACAAGACAAUCUUGAACCUGUACCAUCAUAUGAAUUGGUUACUCAACAUGAAGUAAAUCAUACAAGACCAGUUAUUAUAUUUGGUCCAUUUAAAGAACUUCUUAAUGAUCAACUUCUCAAUGAUCAUCCAGAUAAAUUUGCUAAUUGUGUACCUCAUACAAGUCGACCUAAACGUGAAAAAGAAGUUGAUGGACGUGAAUAUUAUUUUGUUCCAUCACGUGAACAAAUGGAAAGAGAUAUACAAAAUUAUUUAUUUAUUGAAGCUGGAGAAUAUGGUGGAAAUCUUUAUGGUACAAGUGUUAGUGCUGUUCGAGAAGUUGCUAAUGCUUCCAAACAUUGUAUUUUGGAUGUAAGUGGUCAUGCUAUACGACGUUUAAUAACAGCUGGUCUUUUUCCAGUUGCGAUUUAUGUUAAACCACGUGAUGUUAAAUGGAUUUUGGACAAUAUGGGAGAAGAAGCAAAUGAAGAACGUGCUCAACAAAUGUAUGAAAAAUCAAUAAAAAUUGAACAACAAUUUGGCGAUCUGCUUACAACUGUAGUCGAAGAAGAAACAUUAAAUGAUGUAUAUGAUCAUAUAUGCGCAGUUAUUGAUCGUGAACAAUCACUUGAAUAUAUGUAUCGAUUGAAAACAGCUCUUUUUCGGCAUUUAUCCUUGUUUCAACGAGGAUCAGUUAUAUCGAAUAUUGGAAGAUAUCAAUCGAUAAAUCAUACGUGUGAUGUCGAAGAUGCUCUUGAUGAAGAGCAAAAAGCUAUUCAGCAAACAGCCUAUCAAUUCGCACAAACUGAAAUGGCACCUUUUAUGUACGAAUGGGAUCGAACAGAAUACUUUCCAAAAGAUACCCUUCGUAAAGCAGCUCAACUUGGUUUCGCUGCAAUUUAUUGCCGAGAUGAAUAUGGUGGAACCGGUGGAACACGACUUGAUGCAUCAAUUAUUUUUGAAGCAUUAUCACAAGGUUGUGUUAGUACAGCAGCUUAUCUCAGCAUACAUAAUAUGUGCACAUGGAUGAUCGAUGCAUUUGGAUCUGAUGCAAAUCGUGCAAAAUGGAUACCACAAUUAGCUACUAUGGAAUUAUUCAGUUCUUAUUGUCUUACAGAACCUGGAGCUGGAAGUGAUGCUGCUUCGUUAAGCACACGAGCUGAACGUAAAGGUGAUAAAUAUAUUUUAAAUGGUACUAAAGCAUUUAUUAGUGGUGGUGGUGAAAGUGAUAUUUAUCUUGUUAUGUGUCGAACCGGUGAUCAAACACCAAAAGGUAUAUCAUGUAUACUUGUCGAAAAAGGUACACCAGGAUUAUCAUAUGGAAAAAAAGAAGAAAAAGUUGGAUGGAAUUCUCAACCAACAAGACAAGUAAUUAUGGAUGAUUGUCAAGUACCUGUUGAAAAUCUUAUUGGAAAAGAAGGUCAAGGUUUUGAAAUAGCAAUGCGUGGUUUAAAUGGUGGUCGAAUUAAUAUUGCAAGUUGUUCACUUGGUGCAGCACAAGCAAGUAUUCAAAAAACUGGUGAAUAUUUAAAAGUACGAAAACAAUUUGGUCAACCUCUCGAAAAUUUUCAGCAUUUACAAUUUAAAUUAGCAGAAAUGUUUACAAAAUUAGUUGCAAGUCGAUUAUUAGUACGAAAAGCAGCUUUAGCACUUGAUCAAUAUGCAAAAGAUACAGUAACUUUAUGUGCUAUGGCUAAAUUAUUUGCUACAGAUACAUGUUUUGAUAUAUGUAAUCAAGCAUUACAAAUGCAUGGUGGUUAUGGAUAUAUAAAAUCAACUUCCGUUCAACAAUAUAUGCGUGAUUGCCGUGUUCAUCAAAUUCUUGAAGGAACAAAUGAAGUGAUGCGUUUAAUAAUUUCCCGAGAUGCAUUAAAACGAUAUGGAUAA